AUGUCAUAUAAUUAUCAAUUUCCACCAUCUUCACCAUUGCAUGAUAGUGUUGGUGAUCAAGACUUUAAGAAAAAUAAUGAUCCAUUUGCAAUUAAAGAGAAAAAGUUUCAGUCAAUUUCGCAACAAAGAAUAGGUCGUGAUGAAUACCCCACACCAAAUCCAUCAUCAUCAUUGUUUCGUUCAUCUUCACCAGCAAGAGAUGAUACAUUUAAUAGAUCAUGUGAGAAAGAGAUUGAUAAGGUACAAGAAGCAAUUGAAACAAAAGAGAAGUGUAAAACAUCAAUCAGUAUCAAUAAAGAUUUUAAUAUCUUAAAUCCUGACAAACAUAUAACUAGAAUCCCAUUAUUAUCUGAAGAAAAUCAUUUUUCUAUAGGUAGAUCUUCCAAUAGUUGUGAUUAUACAUUAGAUGCAAAAGAUUCAUUUAUUUCAAGAGUUCAUAUUAAAAUUGGUUAUACAAAAGAUCAAAUUAUUAUUGAAUGUAAAGGUUCAAAUGGUGCUUCAGUAAUUAUUCCAAAAUCAUGUUUUGUUCAUUCAACUAUUAAAAAAAAUACUUACCUUAUUUCUGAAUUUCAAAAAGAUAAUAAGCAUUUGAAUACAUCAAAUGUAAAAUCAAAAUCAAUUAAAUUGACAUCAAAUUAUACUGAAUUUUAUAUUCAUAAAAAUGAAAGUAUUGUAUUACCUAGAUUUGAAAAUAUAAUGUUGGAAAUUUCAAAACAAAUUAUAUUAAUAAACCCAUGUGAUGUAGAAGAAAAUUUGACUGAAGAUGAUGAUGAAUUAACAGAUGAUGAAAAACCAAUCCUUAAAAAUAAUGAAGAGAAGGAGGCUAAUAAUCAUAAUCAAAAAGUUGAAGAGUCAACUCCAAUAAAUAAAUUGUAUUUAAGUAGUUCAAUUCCAAACACACCAUCAAAACCAAAGAAUGAAAUACUUAUUGAUGAAAACGAUGAUUAUGAAACACCAUCAAAACCAAAAAAUGAAACAAUCAGAGUUGAAAAAGACGAAACACCAAGUAAAGAACAGGAAUUGGCAAGAAAUGUACAAUUUGAAAAUCUCAAUAAAGGACAGGCACCACUUCAACAAGAAGAAAAGAAACAUAUGGUUACAAUUAUGCAUCCAAAACCAAAUAAACUUACAUCACAAUUUAAAAUAUUUCAAAAUAAUAAUGAUUUAACUCAACAAAGAUCAUCAUCUGUAUCACCAAAAUUGGUUUUGAAAGAUAAAACAAAUACAAUCAGAAGAGCUUUAUCUGAGGAACCAAAAAUUAAUAAAUAUGAAACUCACCCACCAAUUGAAAAUCAUGAUCAAGACCAAAAUGAAAAUGAAAAUCAUGAUCAACAACCACCAUUAAAAAAGAAAAAAAAAUCAACCACUACAAUAUCUCAUCAAGAACAACAAACAAAUUCAGAAAUUGAAGAUCAAUCAGUAUUAUCAUUACCAAAUAUAUCAGAAAUUAAAAAUAUAUUUAUAAAUCAUUUAGCAUUUUCAAGAUUAAGUUCAACACCAAUAUCAAUAUUAAAUUCAAUAAGUCAAUUAACUUCAAAUUUAACAAAUUCCGAAAUUAAAAUAAUAUUAAAUAAUAUAAAUUGUAUUGGUAUAAUUUAUAGAAAAGGUAAAGAUGCAGCUGGAAAACCCCUUGAAGAAGAAUAUUAUUAUAUUCAUGAAAAAGAUGAAGAUUUAAAUCGUAAAAAUUUAGUUGAAAAUAUAAAGGGUAAUGGUGGGUUAAGAUCUUGUAGAAAAGUUCAUAAACAAUAUUAUUGGAAAAAACCAGCACCUAUUAAGAAAUAG